AUGGACGCCAUCUCCGGUGACAUUGAGUUCACCUGUGGAACGCAGAAAUUUUCCCAACGGAAUGCGCAGCUGCCCAAUGCCGCGGGUUAUGUCUACACGUUUGUGCACAAAACACGCGAGAACGGGCUACCGGACUGGACGGGUGUAAUGCACGGCUAUGAAAUCGACUACGUCUUCGUGAUGCCAUUUUCUGAGCAAAUUUAA